AUGUUCACGCCCCCGCCCUCGCCCGAUCCCCGUCCCCCCCUUCGCCGCAGCGAGCCCUCGACCUCUUCCCUCUCCGCAUCCUCUUCCACGCCCUCCACGCCCUCCUCUCUCCGCCUCAGCUUCGAUGAUCGUGUACGCCCACCGCCUUCACGGAGCACCUCCCCGACCCCCGUACCGCGCAUACAGCUCACUUCCCCCAAGGAGGACCCACAGGGCUACGUGCACACGCAGCUAGCCAAGGCGCGUUCUGCUCGCCGCAUACGUUGGACUGUCCUCGCCGUCCCUCUUGUCCUCGUCUUCAUCGCCCUCUCCACACGUUAUGCCGCACAUCCCGCCGCACUCGACCUCCUCUCCCCCUUCACUGCCGCUCGCCCUUCAACUCUCGACUGGUCACUCCACAAGCGGCAUGCAGACCCGGCCCCGGUCCCCGCAGAGUCGUCCACCGCUGGGACGAGCGCAUCGGGCACCCAACUCACCCUCGAAUCAAGCACGAGCUCUACCGCGAGCCCAUCAAAGAGCACUUCGCCCUCAGUGACCGUCCCGGCGACCGCACCAGUUCUCCCCACACCCUUCCCGCAACCGUUUGACAUGACAUUCACGACCAACUUCUCGACCACCGGCUGCUACGCCUUCGUGCAGAACAUGACCCAAACGUCCGCCUUCCGGGAGUGCCGCCCGUUCAGCCUGUUGGUCCAGGACUCGAACGCGUUCAUCACUAGCCAACAAAAUGUCACCGAGCUUAACGCCAUCAUCUGGGGCACCUGCAACACGGACCUGAGUGAAGCCCAGUGCGUGUCGAACAUGGCCUGGUUCGAGACGAACAUCCAGACGACGUGCAAGGCGGACCUCGCGGCGAAGAACUCCAUCGUCACCGACGCGCUCGCAGGCCUGCAAGCGUACUCGCUCAUGCGCACCGCCGCGUGCGAGAUCGACACCGCCGCGGACAAGUACUGCUACCUCGACGCGACGCAGUCCGGGGACGCCGCGGACCUGUUCGUCUACCAACUCCCGCUCGGGCUCGGGCUGCCCAACACGAGCGUGCCGUCGUGCACGGCGUGCACGCAGCGCGUCAUGGGCGUCUUCGCGAACGACACCAAGGGCGUCGCCGGCCUCCAGAAGACGUACGCCCAGGCCGCCGGCGUCGUGAACAACGCGUGCGGGUCCCACUUCGUCGCGGUCGCCACCGUCUCGGGCGGCGCGCGCGCGCGGGUCGCGGGCGCGGUGCUCGCGGCGAGCGUCGCGGCCGUCCUCGCGCUGGGGCUGCUAUGA